AGUGAAGUACAGUGCUCGCAGCUUCACAGAUUAACAACACAUUUGAUUGGUUUAAAAUCGGCAUGCCCACUACUCUAAAAACUAACAGGGGUCAUUGUGAUUUGUGGAGUUGUUGAAGCGCGCUAUACAUCUGAGCGCCUCACGGGACAAUCCUCUAGAUUAGCGGUUGACGCAGAGGAUGGAUUUCGUAGAUAGCAACCUGAUACUGUACCGUACUGGUCCGUAUACAGGGACGGGAUGAUCUAGAAUGGACGAAUGAAAUGCUUUAAAUGUAACCUAUUUCGAUACUCUUCCUUUUAUCAAAUUAGUCCGUCGUUAUAAGGAUAGAAUGUGUGUAGUCCUAAUCUUUAAAUAGGCUAGAUGAGCUAUGACGGGAGAGCUAAAUAUGGACCAUUCCUGUUUCGAUUCCAAAAUGAAGAGACCCAACGGAAUGGUGGCAGAUUUGGUGCGUUACAACACGGUCUCGUGGGACGUUUGUGAUGGAGCCGUUUAACUUUCUCACUAAAACAAGCAGAUGUAAGAAUGCGUGUAACGGUACUUUAAUGGUUGGAAGUAACAUCUAAACCUUUUGGCUAAAAUGAAUGUAUUGUCGGGUUCUGCUUGCUCACUAACAUCAGAUAAUAAUCUCAGGUAUACAAGCGUAGACUACAUUUAGCUGGCAUGCCAAGUGUGUGAAUAGGAGGAACUUUAGAAUAUCUAUCCCGCCAUUGUGCCCUUGGGUAGGGCACUUAACCUAUAACCUGCUCCAGGGCCGCUGUUCUGCCACUGACCGACCGGUGCCUCUCUCAACGUGUGUGUUUCUUCACCUAGGAGGGUUUGGAAAGGCAGAAGACAACUUUACUUUUGAAGUUUCACCCAGCAAUGGACUACACGAUUAUAUUCUACUCUGUUCUGUUGUCGUAGAACACCGCAGUUCAAAAUGAACGUGUUGAAAAUGAGGAAAGCCGUAUUUAAAGAAGCGGUUAAACGCUUUCCAUGGCUUGCCAACGUUACUCUGUAUGGCUGCCUGUUUGCCGGCGGCGACUUUGUUCAUCAGAUGAUCGCACAAAGAGAAGAGAUGGACUGGAAACACACCAGAAAUGUUGCCAUAGUGGCCAUCAGCUUCCAUGGAAACUUUAAUUAUUUCUGGUUGCGGGCUUUGGAAAGCCGUUUCCCGGGAAAAUCUCCCGGAAUGCUCUUCCGCAAACUGCUUCUGGACCAAAGUGUUGCAUCACCCUUGGCAACGAGUGUCUUCUACACAGGAGUGAGUUUCUUGGAGAAUAAAGACGACGUCUUCGAGGACUGGAGAGAAAAGUUCCUCAACACGUACAAGACUGGACUCAUGUACUGGCCUUUCAUGCAGUUCCUAAACUUCAUCCUGAUGCCUCUGUACCUGAGGACAGUCUUCAUGGGCUGCUGUGCGUUCCUGUGGGCCACCUUCCUGUGUUUCUCCCGGCAGAGUGGGGACGGUACGGCCAGCGUGGCCCUCGCCUUCGUCCUGUAUCCCAAACAGAGGCUGCAGGCUGCCCGGGAGGCCCACCUCGCCCGCAAGAAACAGAAAGAAGAGGAGGAACAGCAGCAGAGCACUGGCAACUAAAUUAAUUGGUUCAAUGAGAUUCGAUUCAAUUCAGGAAACAGAAAACAGAAGAGGACCAGAGCACUGACAACUGAAUGAAUUGAUUCAAUGAGAUUCGAUUCAAUUCAGGGAACAGAAAACAGAAGAGGACCUGAGCACUGAGAACUGAAUUGGUUCAAUGAGAUUCGAUUCAAUUCAGGGAACAGUAAACAGAAGAGGACCUGAGCACUGAGAACUGAACUGAAUUGGUUCAAUGAGAUUCGAUUCAAUUCAGGGAACAGUAAACAGAAGAGGACCUGAGCACUGAGAACUGAACUGAAUUGGUUCAAUGAGAUUCGAUUCAAUUCAGGGAACAGUAAACAGAAGAGGACCUGAGCACUGAGAACUGAACUGCUAAAAUGUUAUUUCAAUUGAAUUUCAACAAAACGUUGUUAUAUCUCCCUGUCUUCAAGGGCAACAAGACAAGGAACGAGGGCAUGGUUAGAGGGUGAGAACACAACGUCAUCAUGUGAGGCCAGGGCAGGCUCUCACACCUUACAAAAAACACACAAAAACACAUAGUGAGAAAUGAAUCAGUUGGAUUGAAUGUAACUUUAUUGAUAUCUUCAGGGGCAAGGAGGAGUGAAAAUAACUUUAUUGAUAUCCUCAGGGGCAAGGAGGAGUGAAAAUAACUUUAUUGAUAUCCUUAGGGGCAAGGAGGAGUGAAUAUAACUUGAUUGAAUAUAACUUUAUUGAUAUCCUCAGGGGCAAGGAGGAGUGAAUAUAACUUUAUUGAUAUCCUCAGGGGCAAGGAGGAGUAACUGUACAGACUGUACAGGUGUAGAAGUGCAAUACAUUACGUGAAACAGAACAAGUCACUCUGAGAUACAUGGACGUCCCCUGAAGUUGUUUGGAAGACAAACAUGUUGGGUGGAUGAGAGAGAGAGAAGGUGUUAGAUGUUGUGAUUUACAGGGAUGUUCCUCAGGGAGAGGAGAUGUUAGAUGUUCCUAAGGGAGAGGAGGUGUUAGAUGUUGUGAUUUACAGGGAGAGGUGUUAGAUGUUGUGAUUUGCAGGGAUGUUCCUCUGGGAGAGGAGGUGUUAGAUGUUGUGAUUUGCAGGGAUGUUCCUCGGGGAGAGGAGGUGUUAGAUGUUGUGAUUUGCAGGGAUGUUCCUCAGGGAGAGGAGGUGUUAGAUGUUGUGAUUUGUAGAGAGGUUCUUCAGGGAGAGGAGGUGUUAGAUGUUGUGAUUUGCAGGGAUGUUCCUCAGGGAGAGGAGGUGUUAGAUGUUGUGAUUUGCAGGGAUGUUCCUCAGGGAGAGGAGGUGUUAGAUGUUGUGAUUUGCAGGGAUGUUCCUCGGGGAGAGGAGGUGUUAGAUGUUGUGAUUUGCAGGGAUGUUCCUCGGGGAGAGGAGGUGUUAGAUGUUGUGAUUUGCAGGGAUGUUCCUCAGGGAGAGGAGGUGUUAGAUGUUGUGAUUUGCAGGGAUGUUCCUCAGGGAGAGGAGGUGUUAGAUGUUGUGAUUUGCAGGGAUGUUCCUCUGGGAGAGGAGGUGUUAGAUGUUGUGAUUUGCAGGGAUGUUCCUCGGGGAGAGGAGGUGUUAGAUGUUGUGAUUUGCAGGGAUGUUCCUCGGGGAGAGGAGGUGUUAGAUUCUUCAGGGUGUGUAUUUGAUCAUGUAUAUAUGUCAAAUGUGUUUAUUCUAUGCUCUCAAUUUCUAUGUCCCAUCGGUUGUGCCUUCUGUUGGUAACAAGAGCCCUUCAUGUUCUGCUCUAGAUUUAGUUAGUUCUUACUCAGAGAAACUGUGUGUGUUUUUGUGUGUGUGUGUGUGUGUGUGUGUGUGUGUAUAUAUAUAUAUUUAUACAGUACCAGUCAAAAGUUUGGA